AUGAGAGAACAAAGGGUCCUUCAUAUUGAAGAAACUAGUCAAAUUGAGAGAUCUAGGUGGGUUCUGGAUUCUCCUAACCCACCACCAUUUUGGAAGAAGCUAUUCUGUUUGAUCAAAGAGACUCUUUUACCUCAUGGAAAUAAGCUAUGGUUUUGUUCUAAGAAGAAGAGUUUUCAAUCACAUGCUUUGUAUUUCUUGCAGAGUUUGUUUCCUAUUCUUGUUUGGUUGAAAGAUUACACUGCUUCUAAGUUUAAAGAUGAUCUUUUAUCUGGUUUAACUCUUGCCAGCCUUUGCAUACCUCAGAGUAUAGGAUAUGCAAGUUUGGCAAAAGUUGAUCCUCAAUAUGGCCUAUAUACAAGUAUUGUUCCUCCUCUUAUUUAUGCUGUGAUGGGAAGCUCAAGAGACAUUGCAAUUGGACCUGUUGCUGUAGUGUCUAUGCUGUUAUCUUCCUUGGUCACAAAAGUCAUAGAUCCUGUUGCUAAUCCUCAUGCCUAUAGAGAUUUUGUCUUCACUGUCACCUUCUUUACCGGAAUUUUUCAAGCAGGAUUCGGUAUUUUCAGGUUGGGCUUUCUUGUGGAUUUUCUUUCACAUGCUGCACUAAUUGGAUUCAUGGCCGGAGCAGCAGUCAUUAUCGGUCUUCAACAGCUCAAGGGUCUUCUGGGAAUUACUCAUUUCACUGCAAAAACUGAUGCAGUAUCAGUUUUGGUUUCUGUUUAUAAGUCAUUACAUCAGCAAAUUACUUCUUCUGAAGAAAAAUGGAGUCCUAUGAAUUUCGUUCUCGGGUGUUCGUUCUUGAUUUUCCUUCUCGUUACUCGAUUCAUAGGAAGAAGAAACAAAAAACUUUUUUGGUUGCCUGCGAUUGCUCCUCUUCUAUCGGUUAUACUAUCGACUUUAAUUGUGUAUUUAUCGAAAGCUGAUAAACAAGGAGUUAAUGUGAUAAAACAUGUCAAAGGAGGGUUGAAUCAGAGUUCAGUUCAUCAGUUACAAUUCCAUGGUCAAAAUGUCGGGCAAGCGGCCAAAAUUGGAUUAGUCUGCGCAGUUAUCGCGCUAACCGAAGCGAUGGCUGUUGGUCGAUCUUUCGCUUCGAUUAAGGGAUACCAACUCCAUGGGAACAGAGAAAUGCUAUCAAUGGGAAUCAUGAACGUUGCAGGAUCUUUAACUUCAUGCUAUGUCGCAACCGGUUCUUUUUCAAGGACAGCGGUUAAUUUCAGCGCAGGAUGUCAAACAGCGGUAUCGAAUAUUGUGAUGGCAGUUACUGUGAUUUUGUUCCUGCAAUUAUUUGCAAGGCUCUUAUACUACACACCUAUGGCUAUCCUGGCUUCUAUCAUCCUUUCUGCGCUUCCUGGACUAAUUGACUUAAACGAGGCUAGCUAUAUCUGGAAGGUUGACAAGUUAGACUUUCUUGCUUGUAUUGGCGCUUUCUUUGGCGUCUUGUUCGCAUCCGUAGAGAUCGGUCUUCUUGUAGCCGUGACAAUAUCGUUUGCAAAGAUACUAAUACAAUCGAUUCGACCGGGAGUAGAAAUUCUAGGACGAGUUCCAAGAACGGAAGCCUUCUGUGAUGUUACUCAAUAUCCAAUGGCCAUAAGCACACCAGGCAUCGUAGUGAUUCGCAUAAGUUCCGGCUCACUCUGCUUCGCGAAUGCGAAUUUUGUCAAAGAAAGAAUACUCAAGUGGGUCGUGGAAGAAGACGAGAUUCAAGAAACCGCUAAAGGAAAUGUUCGAGCCAUAAUUAUGGACAUGACUAACCUGAUGAACGUUGAUACUUCCGGAAUUCUAGCACUUGAGGAAUUGCAUAAGAGGUUGCUUUCCCGCGGCGUAGAAUUAGCUAUGGUGAAUCCAAGGUGGCUGGUAAUUCACAAGCUGAAGCUUGCUCACUUUGUGGACAAAAUUGGGAAACAAUGGGUUUUUCUGACGGUUGGAGAGGCCGUCGACGCGUGUCUGUCUUCUAAAAUUGCUACUGCUUAA